AUGGUUCAAUGGGGACGGUUGUUCAGUGACCAGCCCAGUCGAGGGCGGCACCAGUACCUGCAGGAAACCCAUCGAUUGCUUCCUCGCACUCGCGAUCAGAUUGUCACGCCCGCUCUGCCGGCCAAGGAGGUUACCAAGGUAGCUCUGCGACUGAAGUACCAGGUCGAGCAGGUCAUCAGCUGCGAGCUAGAUGAGUCCCUGGUUACAAAGGCCAACAGCACCGUUAUCACGAAGGAGGUCAUUCAGACUGCCAGAGAGGCUGGUGGAGAAGAGUACCGCGCUUGUGUCGUCUUCUGUCUUCUCGUUUGUGUUCGAUGGUUCAAGAUUCAGGCUCUGGUCGAGCUAUGGGAUUCAGACCUCCACGAGCUACGCGCAGUCGCGUGCGAGAUACUUGCGAAACGACUGUAUGUACUAUGCAGGAAUAGGAUCGAAGCGGAAGAAGACCAAGACUAUCUCAUGCUGGAGGUGCUGCUGAAGCGCUACUCAAUCCUGCGAGAUGGAGAGCCAACAUCCCCUGCAAACGUCAUCGAGCGUGCAGUCGAUCUUCAUGCGCUGGUAGUGAUCGGGUCCGCAGGAUACCAAAAGUGUAUCAAAUACCUCUGGCAGGGUUGGCUCUGCCAGGACGAUCAAGAUCCCACCAACUUCAUCGAAUACAGGGAGAGAAACAACCCCUCGUACUGGUCUCAUUUCAACCCCGAUAGGCUCAGAGCACCGGUCUAUCAGAAUGCUGUCCAAGUCUUCUUCUCCAUCCUCUACCUCGUUCUCUUCACAGUUGUGAUAAACACCGUCAAUCCAACCGGUGACCUGGACGUGGUGGAAUGUAUCCUCUACGGCAUGACCCUAGGCUUCAUCCUCGACGAAGCCACCAAAUUCUGGAAAGUUGGCCGUUUCUACUUUGGAUUCUGGAACGCGUUCAACUCGACACUUUACUCUCUCCUCCUGGUUUCUUUUAUCCUCCGAAUCGUAGCGUUGACCCAUUCAAAGAACGUCGACAACGAGGAGCGUAACUACUACAACCAGCUGAGCUACAACUUCCUCGCAUUUUCAUCGCCGAUGUUCUGGGGCCGGCUCCUCCUGUACCUUGACACUUACCGUUUCUUCGGGGCAAUGCUUGUGGUACUGAAAGUCAUGAUGAAGGAGAGUUUGAUCUUCUUUGCUCUUUUGGCUGUUGUUAUUAUCGGUUUUAUGCAAGGCUUCAUCGGUAUGGACCAGGCAGAUCCCGAAAAUAAGAUGACGGCCGUAGUCCUCCUUCAAGGAAUGGCAAAUACAGUCCUACAGAACCCAUCGUUCGAUGAGUUCCAAGGGUUUGCCCCGCCGUUUGGUAUCCUACUUUAUUAUCUAUUCACUUUUGUAGUGAUGGUUGACAUCACUGGCAAUGCGAUCAACGAGUACAUGGGUCUCUUCGCCCAUCGAACCCUGCAGUAUGUCCGGGCCCCAGAUGAGAAUGUCUUCAUUGCACCCUUGAACCUGGUUGAAAUAAUCUGCCUUAUCAUUCCUUUCGAAUGGUGGUUGCCCUCUGACCGAUAUGAUAAGCUCAACAACUACGUAAUGGGCAUUAUCUAUUCUCCUCUCCUCCUCGUUACCGCAUUGCUUGAAUCUACCAAUGCUCAACGGAUCAGACUCAAUCGCCGUUUGGGUGAAGACGACGACGAUACCCAAGAAGAAUGGGAAAACGCUGCUGAAUCCGCAGAGUUCGACUUCAAGAAAGUCGGAGACCAUCCUGAGACUGAAGCCUGGGAUAUGGCUGUUACCAAGUCUAAGCCAAAUGUUGAGGUUGACCAAUGCGUCCUGGAAAUUAGGGGGCUAAAGGAGCAAGUCAGGCAGCUGACUCAGUUGGUUACUGUCUUGACGGAGAGACAAGGUGUUUCUGCCGGAGCAGCCAAUGGAGAAGGUCAAACCAAUCAAGAGACAAAUGGAAACGCGUAA